CCUAAUCACAAACAUCGCGGCACCUUCUUCAUAAACACGGCCGCUCUGCAUGGCCUGCUCCAGACGUUAACAUAAAAAUGUGAGGGUGGUUGGGUGUUUUGUUUUUUGGGGUUGUUGUUGUUGUUGUUGUUGUGGUGGUGGUGGUUUCCUUUUGUCCGACGAACUUUCCACAAGUGGAAUCAGAUCUGGACGUGUUGAAGAGAAGGAGAGGCCAGGAGACGAUCCAGAAUGGAAAACAUGAUACCAGAGGCAUUUCAUUUUAAGGAUAAAGAGCACCCUUCUAAUCUUCUCUCACAGCUGGACGGUUUAAGACAAGAGAGGAUCCUCACUGACGUACUUCUGUGUACAGGUGACCGAGAAAUUCCCUGCCACAGAAUUGUUCUGGUUUCUGGCAGCCCUUAUUUUAGGGCCAUGUUUUGCGGCGAUUUCAAAGAGAGCCAACAGGCCAAGAUAAGCAUGAGGGGCAUUGCUUCAGAUGUUCUGAGCAGUAUCAUCGACUACGUCUACACAGGUUGCAUUGCCAUCACUAUGGAGCUGGUCCUGCCACUGAUGCAGGCAGCGUCCAUGCUGCAGUACCCCCGGCUUUUCGACGCCUGCUCCGCAUUCCUGCAAGAGCAGCUGAGCCCAGACAACUGCCUCAGCAUGAUCCGGCUGUCGGAGAUCCUGCACUGCGAGAGCCUGAGAGCGAAGGCGAGGGAGGUGGCGGUGUGCAGCUUCUCGGACGUGACCGCCUCGGAGGACUUCCGAGAGCUCUCCUUGUCCGAGCUGGAGGGCUACCUGGGAGACGACCGGCUGUGCGCGGAAGAGGAGCAGGUUUUCGAGACCCUGUUGGCCUGGAUCCACCACGACCCCUUCUCCCGGAAGGGCGCCAUCCACAACCUGUUCCAGAAGGUGCGGCUGCGGCACGUCCACCCGACCUACCUCUUCCAGUUCAUCGCCAACGACCCGCUCAUCCAGGCCUCCCCUCUCUGCACGGACAUCAUCGAGUCCGUGAGAAGGCUCAUGUUCUCCGUGAGCGCCAAGUGCGCGAGGGAGCUGAGGCCCCAGUGGGCUGCCCCCCGCCGCUACCCCUGCCAGGAGAUGCUGGUGGUCGUCGCCGGCCGGAAGAACAAUCAGCAGACGAGCCGGGAGGCCCUGCUGUACGACGACAGGACCCGGCGCUGGCAGUGGCUCGCCAAGCUUCCCCUCCGCCUCUACAAAGCCUCCUUUGCGUGCCUGCACGGCAUCCUCUACGUCCUGGGUGGCCUGGUGGUCAACGGGCGGGACAGCGCGGUCAGCUCCAGCGUCUACACCUUCUCCCUCAAGUCCAACCAGUGGAGGGCGGCGGACCCCAUGCUGAAGCCGCGCUACGCCCACCAGAGCGUCUCCUAUCUGAACUUCAUCUUCGUGCUCGGAGGCAUCGGGCCGGGCAGGCAGGUUUCGAGUUCUGUGGAGAGAUACAACAGCAUGUUCAAUCUCUGGGAGGUCGUGGCCCCCCUGCCCACAGCUGUUCUGCACCCGGCGGUGGCAGCUGCAGACCAAAGGAUCUAUGUCUUUGGGGGAGAAGAUGUGAUGCAGAAUCCAGCCAGGCUGAUACAGGUUUAUCACAUUUCUAGAAAUAUGUGGUCCAGGCUGGAAACCAGAAUGGUGAAGAAUGUAUGUGCUCCUGCAGCUGUGAUUGAAGACAAAAUCUAUAUAAUUGGAGGUUACACAAGAAGGAUGGUAGCCUAUGACAUUAAAACAAACAAAUUUGUCAAAUGUGCACAAAUGAGGGAAAGGAGAAUGCACCAUGGAGCCACAGUGAUCGACAGUAAGCUGUAUGUGACCGGGGGGCGCUACAUCAACAAUCACAAUGUCAUAGAGGACUCUGAUUGCUUUGAAUCCUAUGACCCCAAUACAGAUUUGUGGACCUCCAAAGGAACACUGCCUUAUAAGCUGUUUGACCAUGGCUCCCUUCCACUGAUCUGCGUGACAAACAAAGGGGACCCACCUUAACUUUUCUUGCAUAGAAAAAAUCUGCCUGUAGACUGGCUGUUUGAAAAAUUAAACAGCAGCUGAUUUUCAGAACUGGUUAGUUCCUUCUUGAUUUUGGCAUUUUUUUAUAGAUCUGUUUACCUUUGUGUAUUUUGUGGGUUUUCUGUUCUUUUCUUCUGAAUUCCUUGCUUUCUUGGGGUAAAAACAAUCGGAUUUACAGUACUGUAUGCCUGAAGUGAAAAUACUUUUUUCUUUGGGAAAUUGGUAACACAUUGUCUGGAGAGAAUAUACCGGAGAGAGUACAAUUAUUUAAACAUAUUCAUGAGUUAUUUCUACAUCCCGUUCCUUUCUGAAGGGAGGUUUUGGUUUUGGUGACAGACUUGUAGAAAUCCUUUUGAGAAUUGAAUCUCACACUAACUAAUCCUCAGGUUGAAGGGGUGCACUGUGUACAGCUUUCUCAUCUCUUUAUUAUCAAACUGAUUUCUUAAUAGAUAGUUAAAUGUUUGAAGCUGAAGUUUUUAAGUUUUUUCCAAAUUCCAGAGUGUUUUGCUGUAGUCUUUGAGCACCUCAAACUAUAUCUUUUUUUAGACUACACAGAAUUUGUGUGACACAAACAUUCAAUAUUUCAACAUUUAGUAAGCCUUUUUAACAAAAUACAUUCCUUUGCCCUGUUUUCUUUGCCAGCAGUCCCACAUUUACUUUAGACAAAAAUGUAUCUCCUGGAUCAAAUUCAUCUCUGCUAGCCUCUGCCUGUAAUAACACUGCUUUUCUUCCCUGUCCAUCAUAUUUGCUUUUAUGCCUCUUACUAUCUGUAGAAAAUGGUGUGUAAAAACUUCAGGCUGUGCACAUUUUUACUUCUUAAACUUCUAUGCCUGUUUAAUAACAAAAGCAAUACAUACUACCUAGAAUACAAAUGAUGUACUCUUACUCUUAGCACACCUCCAAAACAAAAAUCCAAUCUGUCAAGUAGUUUAUUCACAGAACUGAAGAAGGUUUGUUCUUAUUCUGGGCAGCUGUAUUAUGGGCCCUGAGUGACAUCCUCAAAAGUAUAAAGUCAAAAUAUCCAUGUUGUAAUCAUCAAGUGACAACUACUACAGGUCACUUGCCUUCGACCUUUCCUCCUGUUUUUGUGUGCCAAGUUCUGUGGUAGUGGCCUCCGGUUUGGCAGCUUUCUUCAGCUAAAGGUGCGUCUGUUUUUUGUUUCAACAUUUUGUUGAGAACAUACUGGCAAUCAAAAGUUCUAGUUCAUCUCCCUGUAAAGGCAGUGCUUUUGUCUAACACUUCUGCUACAUUUGGUUAGUCUCUGAAUGGUUUUCCAGAAAGAAGGUUUACCUGAUAUCAGCACAGAACUGGUAUGUGUAUUUAUGUGAAAUGUUUUAAAUGCAAUGCACACUUCAGUAUACUGUACAGAACCAGGUGCACAAAUGAAAAAUGGAAGAUGGAACAAGAUCUUUUUACCAAAGGUUGUGGGAGUAUGGAAAAAGCUACCCAGCCAAGUUGUACAGUGGUUUCUUUCAAGAUAUUGCCGUAUGAGACCCUUGGAUUAGGGAUCAAAUAGCCUUUACCAUGAUGAUCUAGAUGAGCUAGAUCGUCCUCUCGUUCUCAUCUUUCUUAUGUUCUUAGUUUUGCCGACUCUUCGGCAGAGUACUGUAAUUACUGCAAUAACAGCCCUGAAACCUGUUAUUUCACUGCUCUGAGAAGCUGCACAAGCAUCAUCAUAAAGCUGUUUAAACACUGACGUCUGUAUUGUUGGUGUGCACAAACCCUGCUCUAAACCUGUUAUUGUGAAAGAUUUCAGGAUGUAUCCACUUGAGCUCUUUGUUGCAAUGACUGUGGGGUUCCUUCAUAUGCAACUGGUUUUUAACACUAUAAAUCUGACUCCUGUGUCAUCUCAACCCUGUAAACUCAAUUCAUUUACAUGUGUGUAUCAUUUCCCUAUAUAUUUUAUAAAUAAUUGCAAAAGAUUUUUGUAUUAUUUAUGAUUUAAAGAAAUAAAGAGGAUAUAAAAUA